UUUUGCUGUCGUUAGGACCCAACUUGCCUUUUGAGCUCGGAGGCUUGCGUGGAGCUGCGCUGAGUGUGGGAGCUCAACCCUGGACUCUCUUUUAAACAAAUAAACAAGCUGGGAGCAGCAGGAGAACUGGCUGAAAUACUGAAAUAUGAUCAGCACCUUGCCAUGUUUCUCGUGCAGUACGCGGGUAAAGCUUAAACCAUCUGUCCUUUGAUCCUGCCAGCAACAACAAAUCUCUGCAGUUCGGCAGCACUGCUGGCCCACAGGUAUUGGAAAGCCCAGCCGAGAAUGGAAGCGAUCCAGGCAAGAAGAGGAAGAGAGCAAAUGUUACUCCAGCAGAUGGUGGCAGAAAACUAAGCCUCGACUCCAUUCCGAUGGGCUUGCCAAUGUCAGACCCAACUGCCUGGGCCACUGCAAUGAACAAUCUAGGGAUGGCUCCCAUGGGGAUGACAGGACAGCCCCUCCUGCCUGAUUUUGAUCCUGCUCUUGGGAUGAUGACUGGAAUCCCUCCAAUCAACCCCAUGAUGCCAGGCUUGGGGAUAGUCCCACCUCCCAUCCCUCCGGACAUGCCUGCUGUGAAGGAGAUCAUCCACUGCAAAAGCUGCACUCUCUUCCCACCUAAUCCACAUCUUCCUCCUCCAGCAACAAGAGAGAGGCCCCCAGGGUGUAAGACGGUGUUUGUUGGAGGACUGCCGGAAAAUGGGACCGAGCAGAUCAUUAUGGAAGUAUUUGAACAGUGUGGGGAAGUCAUAGCUAUUCGAAAGAGUAAGAAGAAUUUCUGUCAUAUCCGCUUUGCUGAGGAGUUCAUGGUGGACAAGGCGCUUUAUCUUUCCGGCUAUCGCAUCAGACUGGGCUCCAGCACUGACAAGAAGGAUACUGGGCGCCUGCAUGUGGAUUUUGCUCAGGCUCGGGAUGAUCUGUACGAGUGGGAAUGUAAGCAGCGGAUGCUGGCGAGAGAGGAGCGCCAUCGCAGGAGGCUGGAAGAGGAGCGCUUCCGCCCGCCCUCCCCACCUCCCGUCGUCCAUUACUCCGACCACGAGUGCAGCGUUGUUGCUGAGAAACUGAAAGAUGACACAAAGUUCUUGGAAGCCAUCCAGACCUUGCUAACCUGGAUAGAGCGUGGAGAAGUGAACAGGAGGACUGCCAACAACUUCUACUCCAUGAUCCAGUCAGCCAACAGUCACAUUCGCAGACUAGUGAAUGAGAAAGCGGCUCAUGAGAAAGAGAUGGAAGAAGCUAAAGAGAAAUUCAAACUUGCUCUCUCAGGGAUUCUGGUUCAGUUCGAGCAGAUAGUGGCCGUGUACCAUUCUGCCUCCAAACAAAAGGCUUGGGACCAUUUCACGAAAGCUCAGCGUAAGAACAUCAGCGUGUGGUGCAAACAAGCAGAGGAAAUUCGUAACAUUCAUAAUGAUGAACUAAUGGGUAUUCGAAGAGAGGAGGAAAUGGAAAUGUCUGAUGAAGAAAUAGAAGAUCCAUCAGAGAUGAAAGAAACAGAAGAAUCAGCACUGGUGUCACAGGUGGAAGCCCUGAAAGAAGAAAAUGACAGUCUGCGCUGGCAGCUGGACGCCUACCGGAACGAGGUGGAACUGCUAAAGCAGGAGCAAGGCAAAGCAAGCAGGGAUGAAGACACAACCAAGGAGCAGCAGAUGAAGCUUCUCCAGCAGGCUCUGCAGGGGAUGCAGAAGCAUCUUUUGAAAGUACAAGAUGAAUACAAAAAGAGAGAAGCUGAGUUAGAAAAAGUGAGAGAAGACAAACUAAAAAUAGAAACAUUAUUAGAAAACCUGAAGGAGCAGCAAAGCAUAGCGGAUGAAGAGGACAAGGAGAGAGAUGCAACUGAUUGUCAAGGGAAUGAGAGCAGUACAUCCAGAGUUUGUGCAUGCAGCCAGGAGAAGGAAUGUCCGGUUGAGAAGACAUUGAGCAAUAGUCCUGUGAAAUCUGAACGAGAAGUUCUAUUAGUUGGAAUAAUUUCAACGUUUCUUCAUGUGCACCCAUUUGGAGCAAGCAUAGAGUACAUCUGUUCCUACCUGCAGCGUCUGGACAGCAAAAUUUGCACUGCAGAAGUGGAAGUUCUCAUGACUCGACUCCAGAACACAUUCAGGCAGGAGCUGAGUGGGGUUGGGGCCAGCCUAGAGAAAAGGUGGAAGUUUUGUGGCUUUGAUGGACUGAAAAUGACUUGAGCUUUGACUUAAUGCUGAAAACAGCAGCAGGAUGUGUACGCCAAGAAAACCUGGGAUGCCUCUUACCUCUGUUCAUGAUGAUUGUCUUGCACGCAUCACAGACUUGGGUGGGAUAAUAUGUAAGUGAAACUAUGAGUCCCGAGCGGCACUGGAAGAAACUUCAAGUUCUGUAGCUUCUUUGAUCAGUUAUUUGUUAACGGGCAAGUGCGGUUCAAUAUAUUUUGUGAAAAAAGUUCACGUCUGAUAUUUUUAAGCACAGCGUGUUGACUAUAUGUUUUGCCAAUGUUGUUUGUGAUUUGUGUGCCCAAAUCUCUCAUCCUGUACCUUCUUUUUACUGGUAGGAACAGCUAUAGACUGUCCUCUGAAGCAACAACAAAGAGGCAUUUUCAGGUUUCUAGAACCACCAAAAGGCGGGGGGGGGGCAGCUUUUUUUUUUUUUAGACAUUUGUAUGAUUAAAAACUGAGGUAUGUUUAAACAGAAGAAGAUUUAGAUGGCUCAGAGUUCUCUGAGCCAAACAAUUGGUUCUUUUUCAUGCUAUUUUCUCUACUACUAGUUUAACAGUUAAGCUAAGAUGAAGGCAGUGUCUCUAGGAGCUGAGUGUGAUUCUGGCAGUGCCACUGGUGGUCUGUGCACUGCAGAGUUGGUCUGUAAAUAAUUUUUUACAUGGGAAGGGUAUUUAAUUUUCUAUUGAUCUGAGUGGAGCAGAGAGCCUACAUCAGACCUCUGUUUUAGUAAUGGCUUACCACCAAAUUUCUCCACCCACUUUGCUUUGGAGACCGAGCUUCUGGAAGUGCUACAAGCAGCAGAGACUUUUCUCCUCCUGAAUCUUCCCAAAGGCUGUUCCUUGUGUUCUCAGUAAAUGCCAGGCUCCUCCCCAGCCGUCUGCAGAAGAUUAGUAAGAUGUAGGGUAAAAUGCUUUGGUCCAUUGAUCCAGCCUGUCCAGAUCCCUCUGUAGAGCCUUUCUACCCUCAAGCAGAUCAACACUCCUGCCCAGCUUGGUGUCCUUUGCAAACUUACUAAGGGUGCACUCGAUCCCCUCAUCCAGAUCGUUGAUAAAGAUAUUAAACAGAACCAGCCCCAAUACCGAGCCCUGGGGAGCACUACUUGUGACCAGCCACCAACCGGAUCGUCAAGCUCUAAGGUGGUCAAAACUCUCCAUAACAUACAGGGCUACCCCACCGCCUCUCCUUCCUUGCCUAUCCCUUCUGAAGAGUUUAAAGCCAUCCAUUGCAGCACUCCAGUUGUGCGAGUCAGCCCACCAGGUUUCCGUGAUUACAAAUGUAUCGUAGUUUUCCUGCUGCACAGUGGCUUCCAGCUCCUCUUUGUUGCCCGUGCUGCAUGCGUUGGUGUAGAGGCACUUCAGCUGGGCUAUUGAUCCUGCUACCUUUUUUUGGGGGACAAGCCCUAAUUCCUAUGUGACUGUUCUCAGGCGCUUCUGAUGUGGUUUCUAACACAUCAAUAACCCUUGCGUCUUUGCUGCCACGUGGAUCUCCAUCCUCUAUCCUCACUGAGACGGCUAAGGUGCUGUGCACAUUAGUACAGGGACAUUUCAAAUGUGCUCCAGUGUACUCAGCACAUUGUGGAGCAGACAGAAGGACCUCGCUAGCACACCGUCCCUCAAAUAUUGGUGUGCUGCCCCAGGCUUAUCUCUAGCAAGCCUGGUUUUAUCCCUUUCCCCUUUGAAAUCUAGUUUAAAGCUCUUUUAAAGAGCCCUGCUAACUCCUGCACAAAGAUCCUUUUCCCCCUUUGAGACAGGCAUAACCCAUCUGUCGCCAGCAGGCCUGGUGUUGUGUAGACCAACCCAUGAUCAAAAACCCCCAAAUUCUGCCGGUGACACCAGGCUUGGAGGUAGGUAUUGAUCUGCUGGCUCUUCCUGUUUCUCCCCUCAUCAUUCCCUGUAACUGGAAGGAUAGAGGAGAACACUAUCUGUGCUCCUGAUCCCUUAACCAGUCGACUCAAGGCUCUGAGGUCUCUCUUGAUUGCCCUCAGACUUCUCGUUGCAACUUCCCCGCUGCCUACCUGAAAAAUCAAUAAUGGAUAAUGAUCUGAGGGCCUUUCCAGGGCAGGAAGCUUUCUCUUCCCAUCUUUAACCCGGGCCCCAGGGAGGCAGCAGACUUCCCUAAGAAGUGGGUCCAGUCUGCAUACUGGGCCUUCUGUUCCCCUCCGAAGGGAGUCUCCUGUGAUAAUGACCUGUCUUUUCUUCUUUAUGGAAGCAGUUUUGACACAGGGCAUAGGUCGACUUAACCUUGGUGGCUCUUCCAACCUAGAUGAACCAUCAUCCUCAUUUUUGUUCGGUUCCACUUGCAGAGCCUCGUACCUAUUAUGCAAGGGCACCUGGGAAGGUGGGUGGUCAUGGAGGAGACACACCGGCUUCUCCGGGCAGGAACUUGUUGCCAUUCCCCCCUAUCCCUUAAGUCACCAUGUUCAGCCAGGUGGAGAGAGGACAGGAUAGCCUGUUCAGCAGAGACCUCUCUGGAAAAUGGGGAAGGAAACUUGAGAACACUGGACCGUUUCAGAGCCCAGAGGGCAGACAUGGUCAGAGCACACAAGAGUCAGGAAAGGCAUGUCCUUGACUCUGCAUCCAGAGGCGAUCAGCUGGAUGAGCAGGGCGUGGUGGCUGGAUUUAACCUAAAAUGUGGAAGCUAAUGCAGCAGAUGGACUCGUUAGGCUCUAGUCCUCCAGAGUAUCGGGUGUGGGGUGGGAGUUGUGAUUUGGACAGGCCAUCUUGGCCAGCAAGAGACCCAUCUUGUGGGAGCUGGUGUGGCUGGGGGGAACUCCUCUGCAGUGUGGCCGAGGCUGUCUUCUACAGUCUCGUGGUGGACCAGGCAGGUUGUUCUGUGGGGCAGCGGGAGGGAGUGGAGCUGGGACCUACGGAGCAAUGGCUCUGUGCUGUAAAAGCAAGUAAGGGCCAGAUGAGUCCUGGGUCCUGCUGCUUCCCCUCUCCAGGCUUUCUUUACCAAGGCCCUUCCAGAGGGACUGAGGUUUCCCUGAAACCUUGUGUGCUCUUUGCCACCAGGAGAAAUCCGUUCUGCAGAUGGGCUCCCUGGACAGUGAGGAGGCAAGUGGAAUGCCACUGCAGGUACCAAACCCUCCCUGUCUCUAGAGAGAGCUCUGGGAGUGGGUGCCUCCUGGAGCUGGAGCGGCGGGUGAAGACCCCGUGCGCAGCUCGCUUGGGUGCAGACAGCAGGAAUGGGUGAAAGGAACCUUUCUGUCGGGACCGGGCUGCCCGCAGGUGGGGCUGCCUGCUCUUCUUGCUUCUGACGCUGAAGGCUUGCUACAGUGGAAGCAGAUGAAAACCCUUCUAAAGAAAUGUUCUGAAUAGUUGUGUCACUGCAGGUGAACGUUGUAUUUUUAAGGAAUAAACGUUUUUUAUGGGC